AUGCUUGGAUACGUUCGAUGUCUUCGACGAGUUCGUCCUCAUGUGUUAAGGGGGCACGGAAGAGGAGGUCUGUACCCCCAGCGCUUGGCAGCGUUGUCGAAGGAGCGAAACUUGUGCGGACGGCCUCAAGACCACAACAAUGGCGGAACACAAUCAAAUAAUGCUCCCACCAAAACACCGACAACUAAUCUGGUGCCGCUUGAUAGUUCCGGCAAGCUUCAAUUCAUGACGGCAGCAAAGGACAAGCAGCUGACAGGAUCGGUGCUUCUCUCAUUUGUCAAGGCUUGCAACUUGGCUGGAAUUGAUGCGGGCCAAACACAAGAACGAGUGGGAGACUUUCUGCAGUCUAGAGCCAAAGGUGACCACCACAGCCAGUCUCGACAGGCCUACCAGUUUGUCCUCCGUGCUUGGAAAGACUUGGCCAGAGAAAAGCCUCAACUUGCCAGCAAAGAAGCCGAGAAAAUGCUCUAUGAGAUGCUGACUCUGUACCUCGAAGACAAGAAUGUGCACGUCAAGCCCUGUCGACAGUGUUUUACAGACGUUCUGGCCAUCCAUAAUGCCUCUGGAAAUGCCACAGCGGCCGACCGCGUCCUGCAAGAUAUGAUUCAUUUGUACGACAAUACGCAAGACAAGGACUUUCUACCCGACAAACAGUGUUUUUCCUGGGUCUUGCUGUCACUUUUCAACGAGCACAAGAGCACCGACAAUGCGUUUUUGGCCGAUAAUGUACUACAUCAAAUGAUGGAAUUGGCCAUUGCUACCGGAGAUGCUACACUGCGACCUCCAGAAUCAGUAGUGCAACACGCACUCACCCUGUGGGCACGAUCCUACCAUCAGGAUGCUGGCUUUCGUGCGGAAGCACUGCUCAUUCGAAUGCAAGAGCUGCCGGAUAGCACGAAUUCUAUUACCACCGUCGCAUUGCCACCCGUCAAAUUCUUUGAGUUGGUCAUGCAAGCGUGGGCGAAAUCAGAAGCCCCCAAGGCGGCGGCCCGCAUUGAACAAAUUCAAUUGUUUGUCAAGGAGCAAUUUGAUGUGCUGCCACCAUGCUUUGGAGACUUGAUUGUACUGGAAGCAUACGCCAAAUCAAGUCGCGGCAAUAAGGAUGCCAUUCGAAAGGUGGACCAGUAUUUCCGACAGUUUCAACAACACUUUCGAUCCGAACACGUAUCCUCGUUGGAUGUCAUCCUCGCUUAUCGAUGCAAAAUCAUCGCCUAUAGCAACCAUAAGGAUCCACUCAAAGGGGCCAGAGAAUGUCAGGCUGCCUUGGAAGAGCUGUGGAUGUUGAGAAAGAAGGAAUGGAUUGAAUUCCCUCCUGAUUCUACCGUGUAUGAGUUUGUGGCAUAUGCCUGGGCUAAAAUUGGCAACGUUCACCGGGUCAAGGACCUCCUCCAUCGAAUCAAACAGGACCGGCAAGGGCAAGAGCCAAACAUUGUCCUCUACAAUCACUUGUUGAUGGCACUUUCGCGCAGUCGGGAUCCUCACGCGGGACAAGAAGCCGAAAAAGUAUUCUUGGAAUUGCAAAAGAAAAGCCAAAAGGGUGAUCGCAGUGCGAGGCCCAAUAUCCAUACCUACGGGACUCUGAUGGCGUGUUUGUCCAAGAGCCCCAACCCAAAAACUGCAUCAAGGGCAGCCUUGUACUUGCAAAAGCUGAAAGAGUUGCACGAAAUCACCGGCGACCAAGCACUGAAACCGAAUGCCAGGAUCUACACCACGGCCAUGCGAUCGUUGGUCGGCCUUGCCAAUCAGGAAGCAGUCGAAAAGGCGCAAGCACUGCUCGAUGAAAUGCAUGCUCUAGCUCAACAAGGAGACGAGACAUCCCGACCAGAUGUCGUGACAUACACGACGUUCCUCAAAGUCUUGCGCGUAUCGAAUGUCCCCGACAAAAGGGAACGGGCCGAGCAGGUGCUGUUGCAAAUGAAAGAGCACGGCAUUCAACCGGAUGCGUUUGUGUGGAAAGAGGUCAACAAGCUAGUAGUGCAGGCCUAA